CAUAAUUGUCAUAUAUUUUCUUUUAACGUCUUUGUCUCAUCCGUGAUACUGUGAUUUCUGUGCACAUUGUAAAAGUGAAAUCGGUCUAUAUUAAUAUACUUUUAUAGUAAACUACAAUAAUAGCACAAUUUGUUUCCAAUUUUCGUAAUAGUAUAUAUAUAUUUUUAUUCCCUCAUCUUUGUGAAUAAGCUGGAGAAUCAAUCUGUUGUUUUCAUUGAAUGGUAAUUGUUUAGUGAAAUCUUGGUUUAAAAAUGACCGGAGUGCGUGCCGGCCGCGUACCCAAGCGCCGAAGAGGGCACCGCGUAAAGACUCGGUCAGUACUAAGAAUGAUGGCAAUAAUGCAGGACAGGAAUAGUGAGGACGUACCUCGGGAAUUCCUCGAAACGGGUCGUACAGGAAGGCGCAACGCCAUGCCUGAUAUCUUGCAUCCUCAAGGUGCGGAGAUGACAACGGCCGACCUGCCAUCCAGACUGCAACAACUUGUCACUACGGAUCCAGAAAGCCCUCAGCCGGGGACGUCAAAAACAGAAUUAGAUCCGAACAAAGUGGACGAGAAGACAGGAAAAAAGGAUAGUUGUAGUUGAGCUGUCUCGCUCACACAGUCCAUGCGGACUACUCAAGACUUGCCCAAAGCUUAAGUAAUCUCAACCAGGUAUCAUAGUAUUAUUAAGCACUGAGUAGAACUCACCUUAGAUGGUGCAGAUAUAGCUCCUAUGUCCUGUUCGAGAAUGUAGAUAUCCAAUUGUUUCGUAUUAGUGUGGACGGGCGGUGUCGAAUUUAUUUUAUUAAUGUGAUCUUUAGAGUAUCAAUAAAUGUAAACAUAAUAUUCAAAAGCUUCUUUAUUAAUAACGUUAUUUAUAUGAUUUAUUAAUAACUAACAGCAUAAUUGUUGGUUUUAAUUGUUGAUGUUCGGUUUGUUUUCAUAUGAAGGAUUUGAAAUAUACUAACAGUUCAGUCAUGUUAAGGAUCAAAAGGCUAAAAAUUGUUUUUACACACACAUUGAAACAAUAGGAAUUAUAAGGACAUGGUGGGCAGUUGUAAUUAUGUAUGUUUGUGUAAACUAGAAUUGAUAGACAUAUAUGUUUAAACUAUAUAACUGUAUAUAGUUUACCAGUAAAACGAUGUUAGUGUUCUUUAGAAUUGUUAUAUAUGUGUAAAAUUAGUUCAAUAUAAUAUUGAUGGUUACGUUGUUAGCAAUAUUUUUUAAACAAAACAUUUUUUACAUGAAGUACCAUAGUAUAGAAUAGAAAUGUAAUUUUUUUAAUGCAUAGUCCUACCUGUGAGGCUUCGAAUAACUUACUUAAUCACAAUUACAGUUAUUAGGAACAAGCAAUAUAUAUUACAUAAAUAGCUUGUUAACAAAUGGAAUAUAAUUAACAAUUCACUGGAGAUCAUUUAAAAAUAGAUACUCUAUUUGAAUUUUGUUUGAUUACUGUAAUACUUAGAGUCUAACACAAUAGUUUGUUUGUUUUUACUAAAAAUUUUUUUUAAAAAAAUAAUGUUUGUUUUUUUUUUUAAUUAGUCUUUAACCUAUUAACCGGCACUAUAAAUCAGAUGCUUGAACAUGGAAUUCACUCGCACUAAUAAAGCACAUAGAAACAUAAUAUAUGUAUUUUUUAAUUUAAAAUUCGUAAUAUUGCCAUGGUAUAGAUUGUCAAAUUUCGCUUUAACUGCGCAAUUUAUAUGUCAAUUGCAUAACAACUGGUCAUUUAGAUUUUAUUGUUAGAUAUCCUUAAAAACUUAGCUUAAAAACAUACUAAGUACAAUUUAUUUUGUGAUUUUUGAGUGAGAUAGUGCAGUUUUAUUGUUAUAGGUUUUAUAUAAUAGAAAUUACAAUGUAAUUUUUUUUUUAAAUUGUUGUAUUUUUUAAUAAAGGUCCGAUAUAAUUGAUUUUACGCUCCUUAUUAAUUAGAAAGCACAAAUAUAUUUAUUACACAAUGAAGCUUUGUAUUCGAUAGAACAUAAUUGUAUUUUUAUUUAUAAAUUAUUACAUAAUUUCGGUUUUUAUAAGAUGAUUUGAUAAGACUUGCUAGUAUAUAUGAUAUAGAGAAUAUCUGCAUCACAUGCUUUCUAAUAAUGCAGUUACAUAGACGUAGACAAAUAAAAUUGUAUUAACUUUAUUUUCAAAAUGUUUAUCCUAUUAACGUAAUAGAAAUAUUUGUACAAUUUUAAUACUCAUUUGGUUUCAAAAUGUAUACAAAUGAAAUGUGACGUAUAAUUUCAAAAUAAUAGAAGCUGAAAAAGUCAUUUCAGUUAAGUUAUCUUUUAGCGUACAAUAUGACAAUUGAAAAAAAAAGUAUGAACUAUUAUGAUUUUUUAAGGUUUAUAAUAUUCGUACAAUUUUCUUGUCUAUCAACACUAUAUUAAAAAAACUCUCUGGUUUAUUUAUAUAUUUUACUAUAAAAAUGAAUACAGUAAAGUUGGUAGUAGUAAUAAAUAUUAGUGUUAGAAUAUAAAUAAUAGAGGAAUAAAUAGUGAUUAGCAUCCAUAUUGUAUCUUAUGACUAGAUAGUAAUACAUAACACUGUGUAUGUAACUUAGAAUAAACUUUGAUCUUCUCAA